AUGUUCGGAAGGAAAACAGAACCCGAAGUUCAAGAUGUCUUGGAACAGCGUCGUCCUUCCAAUGCCGAAGUAAUGGACAAUCGAUCGGUUGGUAAUACCGGCUUGACUGGCGCUGCAGCCUUAACUGUCAGACAAUCUAUCUACCCCAUCACCCUUGUCACAAUCCUAUUCUUUCUCUGGGGUUUCGCCUACGGAUUACUCGAUGUCUUGAACGCAAAGUUCCAGACCGCACUCAACAUUACUGCUGCCAAGGCCGGAGGUUUGCAAGGAGCAUACUUUGGUGCUUACUUCAUCGGUCCCCUAACAUAUUCCGGAUGGAUCGUACGAAGAUUCGGAUACAGAUGGACCUUCAUCGUCGGUCUCUGCAUCUACGGUGUAGGAGCAUUGAUGUUCUGGCCCUCCGCAGUCUACAGAUCCUUCCCCGGUUUCUGUGGAAGUUUGUUCAUUGUCGGCUCCGGACUCAGUACUCUUGAGACCUCUGCAAAUCCAUUCAUCGCCACUUGCGGACCUCCUCGUCUUUCAGAGUUCCGUCUCGAACUCUCUCAAGCGUUCCAGGCGGUCGGUUCAGUUGUCGCCCCUCUUUUGGCUUCCAGAGUCUUCUUCAAAGAGGGUGAAGGUGAAGAUUUAUCGAAAGUUCAAUGGACCUAUCUCGGUAUCGCCGCUUUCGUCUUCCUCCUCGCUGUUGUAUUCUUCUUCAGCAAGCUUCCAGAAAUCACAGAUGCUGAUAUGGCACUCCAAGGCGAACAAUCCGCCGGUCUUACUGGAUUCGAAGAGAAACCCAUGCGCAGACAAUACAAGCUCUUCUUCGGUGUUGCAGCUCAAUUCUGUUAUGUCGGUGCUCAAGUAGGUGUUGCAGCCAACUUCAUCAAGUAUGCUGAGGAGAGUGCUUCACUUUCUUCGGCAGUUGCUACCGAUAGAUUUGCUAUUGCUCAAGGUCUCUUUGCAAUUGGUAGAUUUGCCGCCGCUGGUAUGAUGAUGAUUGUCAAACCCCGUUAUGUACUCAUGAUAUUCAUGACUGCCAUUAUGGUUUUCAUCUCAGUUGCUAUUGGUGUUAAGGGCGAGGCUGGUGUUGCUAUGUUAUCUAUUGUUCUUUUCUUCGAAUCUUGCAUCUUCCCCACAAUUUUCACCCUUGCGAUUCGUGGUCUUGGUCGCCACACUAAGAGAGGUUCUUCUUGGAUUGUCGCCGCCGUCUCAGGUGGUGCUCUCUUCCCCGCUCUCACUGGUCUUCUUGCCGAUAAGAAGGGCUAUCAUAUUGCCAUGACUGUUCCAUUGAUCGGUUUCUUCGUCGCUUUCGCAUUCCCAAUCUACCUCAACACUGUCUGCGCAAAGGAACUUGAUGGAUUCAGUGCCACCAAGAUUGGAUAUGAAGGAGCAGAUUUGUCAGCUGAGAAGAGAGAGGACAGUAUGGUUUGGGAGGAGAAGGGUACAACCGGCGCUGAUGCUCAUCACUUGGAAGUUGAGGAUUCUGAGAGCAGGAGGAGACAUAAUGCAUUGUAA